AUGGAGGAGGUUCUAUCCCGAAAGGAAAAGCUCGCGGCGUGGCGAGCUGCGAAAGGCAAACCGUUGGAGGCACAUAAGCCGGCAGCAGCCGGAGGGGGAGGAGGAGGAGCGGCGGGAAAAGGAGCAGCAGCAGCUGCCGGGCGGGCAGGGAAAAAAGAUGUGGCGAAAGGUGUGCUGCAGGCGAGGCCAGGUGCAGGAAACAGGGUGAACAAAAGGACCGCGCCUCCGCAGCGCAAGCCGUUCCAGGUGGACACAAGAAGCAUACAGCAGGCCAGCGAACGCCGCGUACAGCCCGGAACUCCGAUCCACUCCCUCAAGAAGCGCCUCAAGCGCACCGCCGUAGCAGCAGCAGCAGCAGCGGACAAACCAGCGCCCGCACCUUCGGCACCAGCGGCAGCGGCAGGAGGGGGAGCCUCUGUGAUUCCCACCGCUCGGGCACAGGGAAAGGCAAAGGCAGCUGCGGCUGCAAGGGUACCUGGGCAUGUGAACGGAGUGAGCCGGAGCUUGGACUCCGCGAGGACGAAGGAGGUGUCGGACUAUCUCAAGAGCCAGAUCAGCGAGGCCAACAUGCUGCUGGAGAUCGCGGGCGUUGACGCUGCGCGCACGCUAUUGGGAGACCUGCUGUCUUGCGCCGGCGCUGGACGAGGAGUGGGCGAGCUAGCGCUAUACUGGGCGGCUCGUGCAAAGCUCGAAGAGGACGCCGGUAUGUAUCUCGAGGCUAGGAAGCUUUUGGACGAUGGCGAAGCGUACAUCUCCAUGCCUACCCAGCAAAAGGUCAUGGCCAAGGUCAUGGCCGCCUUCGAAGGCCGCAUGAACGCCCGUGCGGAAGCCGACAUCGAUCGUCUCCUCGAGGACUCGGUCGAUGGCUUGUCUCUCAACGACUCUGCCGCAAACAGCAACUCGCCUGCGAGCUCCACUCCGUUCCGCUACGACCCGAACGAUCUGAGCACGGAGGAUGACACUGGCAGCGCGCAGUCGGCCAUCAAAAACCUCAACUUUUCCAAGAUUGCUAAGGAGAGCGGCGGCCGUGGUGGUGCCAGCUCGAGUACGAGUGGCAGCGGUAGCAACACGAGCCUUACGACAAGGAGCGGGGCCUCGCCGGACUGGAUGAGAGAUGCUAACGAAGAACAAGAAGGAGAUUCGCAAGCCGCUUCCUCAGCCGGCACCGAUCACGACAAUGCGUCAAAUGGUGCCUGCACGAAGCGAAGCGAUGAUGAGUAUAUGUGAUGGGAAAAACAUUCCAACAAGUACGAGGGUCGCUUCUGCUGAGCACACCUAGGUUAGGGUUAUCUUAGAGUCGCACGUCGCUUCUGCAGGGGAAGGGCACCAUUAUUGUUUGGCUGAGGGUUAGGACGGACGGAGGGUCUUCGUUUUACACAUGGUACUUUUUCUGACCCAGCAUUGAGAAAACGAUGGUCGGGUUAGGGGGGCUGGAAUUGGAAUUUUCGAACUGUUGGAAGGAAUCAUUGGCGUACGGCUUCCUCAGAAGUUGCAACACGUGAGUACAUGCACCCAGUUAUCCGCUCCAGGUGCAGAUAAUUUUUUCGCUUCAGUCUUUUCGCGGGGCGAAAGGUGCGACAGUGGCCUAUCUUACCCGCCCGCUAAACACUGCUUUAGAAAAACUGUCGGCAACACAUCACUCUAUAUUUUUGCCCGGCAACAUAGUCUCCACGGCUGUUUGAGAAGGCUCUCUGCGUGGUUUCUCGUCACGCCUAAUUACUCGUUGGUACUCUUGGGGGAGCGAGCCUUGAGCG